GUCUUUCACCGGCAACAUCACAAUGAUUGCAUCGAAAAGGGAAAGCGAAUAACUGUUUCUCAACCACUUCUCUCUUUCUCUCUCUCUCUGUGUGCGCACUGCUGUAUCAUGAACAGCGGUGCCUCCUCGAGCAACGCUCCGGCCCCUCCGCGGGAUCCGGUGGCGAUGUGGUCGAAACUGAAGUUUCUCGCUCUCCAAGCAUUCACCGUCAGCUGCAUUGACUUCGUCUCGCGCUUGAAAAGCGUCCUCACCGGUCAAGUCUGGCGAGCCGAAGAGACCCACGUUUACGGCUCCACGCAGGUGAGUUCUUUCUUCCAGCUGGACAAAGUCGAUGGCGUGCGCUACACCGGCCCUGCUUACAGCGGACACGUGAGCACCAUCCUCUGCGCCUUCCGACCGCACCGCCACAUCCCCUACGAGCGCGUGAGCCACCCAGGCGGGGACGGCAACCCAAUGUGCGUAGACUGGUACCUCGCGGCGGACGUGCAAAAGGCAAAGGGGGCUUUUAUUAUCAUUCCCGGCCUGGCCUCGUGGUCGGGGACCAACUACAUUGAGCACUUUGUGUGGUUUGCCCACGAGCACGACUUCCACUGCUGUGUCUUCAACUCGCGUGGCAUGGGUGACACCCCGAUCGAGACGCCGCGCCUCAUGUCGGCGAAGUGGACGGACGACCUCCGUGCCGUUAUGCGAGACGGUCCGCUCUCCCGUGCUGCGAUUGAGCAGCGGUGCAGACGGGGCAUUCCCGUGGUCGGUAUCGGCUUCAGUUUGGGCGGCGUCAUCUUGUGUAAGUACAUGGGGGAGGAGGGCCAGGCGGGUCGGCAGUCCGCCCUCGACGCGGUGAUGAUUGUGAACUCCCCGCUGGACUGCAUCGACUCGAGCAGUCGCCUGGAGAGCGGCAUUGAGCGCAUCGUCUACCAGCCGAGCAUGCUGAGUGGGUUGACGGCGUACGCACGGCGCCACGCGAAGGUGUUGAAGGACCUUCCUGGCCUGGAAAUCGGCGUGCGGGCCGCCUUUGCAAAGUGUCAGUACGACGCAAUCCUGUCGCCGAUGAAGACAAUCCGCGAUUUUGACAAGGUGAUCACCGCCCCCACGCUGGGAUUUGCGACGCCGGAGGAUUACUACCACCACAUUUCUCCCAUCGAGUGGCUUCCCCACUUCACGGUGCCGGUGCUCUGCGUGAGCGCAUUGGACGAUCCUGUCUGCGGUCCUCCGCCCAUGGACACGCUUGAGAAGAUGAUGGCGACGAACACAAACGUGGCGCUGCUGACCAUUCCACGUGGCGGUCAUCUCGGCUACAUCUGCUCCAUGCACGACGAGUGGAUCGGCAAGGAGUCCUUCGCCGAAAUGGUUUUGUUUGGCAUCGCUGCGAACAUCACCGUGAGGCGUUGA